AUGGAUGAUGUCAAUCUGACCUGUGUGAGCUCACAUGAGUGUGGUACCCAGGAGGCCAGCAGCCAACAUGAUGCCCUGCUGGACCUCCGCAACCAGAUUACACAUCUGUUCUGCACCAGACUUAAUGCAAACUCCAUCACGGAAAAGCUGCAACUCAUGCAAAGAAGCUCUUACUACUUGGAAGUCCAGCAUGAAUUGCCUCCAACUGAAGAACAGCAGCAGACUUUAAAUUUGUCUGACAGCACAGUGUUGUCUCUCAUUGACCAUUGGAGGUUGGAGGGUGCCUUGACCCUAGCUAACACCCAGGUGAAGCUCAUACUCUCUCUGCUGGGAAUGCUCUACGACGAGAUAAUCAGCAGCUGUCGGGAGCUUGAAGUUUUCAUCAUUAAGUGCAACCAGGGUUUAUUGGACAGGGACAUGGCAAUUUCCAUGCAGGAGAAGCUCCGGCAAACCCACCAGUACCUGGAUGACUUUGAGGACCGUAUGACUCGGAAUCUUGGUCCACUGGACCUGCCGAACCAGCUCAUCCUGAACACAGGUCAAUACCCGAUGGCGAAGCUCAGUGUGUCUCUGGCCAUCAAAAUGCCAGUGGUAUUUGACCGUCGUAAGUCACAUGUGACUUCGUACACUGCACACUUAUUUUGGGAAGUCGCCACUCAGCAGUCGGAGGAGCUCGGCCAAGAAUUUGAGAUCCUCAUAAAGAGCCUUCAUCCAACUGCUGACCAGGGCGAGUUUAUUAAAACCACAUGUCAGUCAUACUGUAUACAAUUCAGCAACCUGACCCCUGACAGCUACUAUCAGUUCUCUGUCAAGAGAGUUGAUGUUUUAAACUUGGUCUAUGAACUGUGGACUGACACUAUCAUCCUGAAGACCACCAAUGUUCCUAAAUGA